AUGGGAAAUGUCAAAUCUACUGCAGAAAACGCUGCCAAUGAAACUGUAAUUAGUAGGAGAAUGCCCAACCCAAAGCUGGUGGACCGAGUAUUGGCACCCAUUCGCCAACAAAUCCAAGAUUUGGUGGUGUCUACCGGUAAAUCAUCUAAAGGUGGCCCCAAGAUGAUGCGUGUUUUGGACGUUGCCUGUGGGACGGGAGAUCAAUUGUUCCGGCUGCGACGUGACAACCAAAUAGACUACGGACUUGGGAUCGAUCUGAAUCCAGAAUCCAUUCAAUACGCACGAGAACGAGCUCAAGCGGCUGGAUUAGUACUCUACAACGACGACAACGACAAUCAUGAUUGUUUGGAAUAUCGGAUACAAGACUUGCAAGACUUGCAACAACAACAACAAACCGAAACUGACAAUCAGUUUGACAUUGCCAUGGCAACGCUCUUUUUCCAUGUCGUACCGUGGCCAACUGCGGUGUCCUUGUUGAUGACCAUGAGCUCCAUGGCACCCAAACUGAUCGUGGCAGCUUUUGUCCCAGGAGAGAAAUGGCAAGACAAGCUCUUGCUAUGGCUGGAUCAACGAUUCACAUCGCACUAUGCAGCCUUUUGUCACUAUUUGGAAAAGGGAUCCUUCGAGGGAUUGCUGCAAGAAUGCGACAACUGUUUGGAGGUGGAACAAGUCCUACUCACCAAUGACGCCACCAUUCGAAUCUAUGUGUUGCGAAGCAAAGCGUUCGUGAACGGCCAAGGCAACUAA